AUGUCGACCGAUUCCGUUCAUCACGCCUUUCGAGGCCUCAACCUCGGCGACGCUCAGCAGGAUCCUAGGAAGCAGUUGCACCACCAGCAACAACAGCAACUACACCAGCCCUAUUCCUCUCCCACGCGUCACACAGAGUCCACAUCGCUCCGUUCGCCCACCAUCCUCACCACGGAUCUACACGGUCAACAUGGCUACCACACUGCCAGCAUAGGUGCCUCUCACCCUGUCACCGCUCCGUCGGAUGGCUCGAUCGGUCAGAGCGCUGCUGCCCGCUUCGAACGCUUCUUCCCCUCUUCACCCAACACCUCCACCUCCAACCCUUCCUCCGCUGGUCAGACCUUCACCAGCUCCAUCGGAUCCGCCGCCGGUCUCGCUGCCAACGGCGCCUUUGGUAGCUUUGGUCAAAGCCUUGCUCCCGGCAGCAUGGCAAGCUCCAGCAUCUCUUCAGCUCACUUUGGUUCCAGCAGCAACGCUCCUCGCAAGGCUCCCAGCCGUGCUGCCAUCCCCGCUCAGUGGAGCUCUCAAGAUCCUUCCUCACUCGUCCCACCCGCUGGCACCUCGCCACCCAACAACAUGGGCUCGCUCCCGUCCUACCACGAUCCCAUCGCACAGACCGCCGCCGCCGCCGCCGCCAACAACAACAACAACAACAAUGGCGACGAUGAUGUCAUUCCGACCGCCAUCGUCGUCAAAAACAUCCCCUUCAGCGUCAAAAAGGAGCAGCUCCUCCAGAUCAUCGAGGAUCUCGGCAUCCCAAUGCCCUAUGCCUUCAACUAUCACAUGGACCAAGGCGUCUUCCGUGGUCUUGCCUUUGCCAACUUCCGCAGCGCAGAAGAGGCCGACGCCGUUGUGGCUGCGCUCAAUGGCUUUGAUGUCAGUGGCCGCAAGCUCCGCGUCGAGUACAAAAAGGUGCUUCAAGCCGGCGAAAAGGAACGCAUCGAAAAGGAAAAGGCCAUCAAACGCAUGCAGAGCAUGCAGCUCGAAAAGGAGCGACGUCGGCAGAACGACGAGUACACCGCCCACGCCUACUUGAUGCCCGGCUACAACGCUAGCAACGGCCAUCUCGCCGCAAACGAUGCCUACUCGGCCGAUCCCGCUAUCAGCGGUCUGCAACACGCUGUCUACGAUGGCAGUGUCAUCGCUCCCCUAACUGCCGACUCGCUCAGAAAGGUACCUUCGUCGCAGCGUCUCGCAGCUGCAGUGGAGCGACCCUCAGGACCUUCAUCCUCCACAAGCAACCCUGGUGUCGGGGCAAGCAACCAGUUCGGUGCCGCUGCAGGUGCUGCUGCAGCCAAGAAGGAAGAGCUCGAUCUCAACGAUGCAGCUACACUCGAGAUCUACUCGCGCGUGCUUCUCUUCAAAGACGACCGCAUGCGUGACGAGCUCGCCUUCUCGCGCAGCCUCACGCCGCUCGAGCGUCGGACCGUACACCUGGUCGCCCAAAGGCUCGGCCUCUUCCACUAUUCGAUGGGCGACGGCGAUGAGCGAUACGCUAUUGUCACCAAGAAUGACGUUCACGCUCAAGCACGCCCGCUUCGCAGCCAGGCAUCCACAAUUGGCCGUGCACAACGCUCAACAGGCAUCGACGCCGCUGCCACCGGCGGUUUCUUGGGUCCCGGCAGCGCCGCCACCACAGGUCGAGCGGGUCUGCGUCUGAAAAAGUCAGCUCCGGACAUGAAGCGUGAUCGCGACGGUUCCACCGGCUACAGCGCUGCCAACGGCUACCUCCACUCGAGCAACGGUAGCAGCAGUCUCGCCGCGCGCAAGUCCAACUCGAAUCUGCGCGAUGGCUACUCGUCCACCAUGGGUCGUCGAACGCAAAAUGGCAGCAACAACAGCAACAGCAACAGCAACAGCAACAGCACCGCUACUGGCGGAGCUGCCGGACUCCAGAACCUCUUUGCCUCGCCCUUUGAUGCUCCGCCUGUCCCAUCACUUACCAACGUCAACGCACCUGAGGGCUCGAGCCACACCUCAUCGCCUACUCAUUCGACCUUGCUCCGUCAACCUCGCGGACCGCCUACACCCGGCUCUUCGGAUUCCCGCAAUUUUGCCGUUCGCUCUCGCGUCCCCACCGCCGGCACCAGCAGCACCGGCAGCACCACCUCGCCCCCACCGCCAGCCCACGCCGGCUUCCAACUACACAUCAACGGUAGCCCCACCAAGUACCAUUCGUCGGAACAAGCGACAACGCAGGAACCGUUGGAGUUUUGA